AUGGCGCAGGUAGCAGAAAGUGGCUCAGAACACCCGAAUAGCCCAAGCGCGAACCAGGAGACUGUCCUUCAGGGGAUCGAAGGCGGUGAUGCUGAGAUUUCCCAGGUCAAACCAGUGCAUUUCGGUUGCUUCAACGACCGGAUCCAGACAGAAGUGCAAAACCUCCAAACUGGGUUGUCUACCCUUGAUGGCGCGAUUAGUGAGUUGACCAGGCAAUUCAGGAAGUAUAGAAAGAUAGUUAGUGCUGUUGGUGAUCGCUACGGCGAUGAUGAGGCCUUGAUGAAACAGAUCCAUGAUCUCGAGAUUGGGAAUAAGGCAAUAUGGAAGCAAGCUCAGGGUGAUCGGGACUCACACCGACAGGAGAUAACUGAGUUGAAGGAGCAGCAUGGAAGGGAAAUUCUUGACCUUCAAGUGAAGGCGGAGGCCGGUGACCAGAAGAAAGUAAAAUACGAGCAGAAAAUUCAAGAGAUAUCCGAGAAGCAUACCCACGCCCAAGAGAAACGAGACCAGGAGCUGAAGCAGAGAAUACAGGAUUUGGAUCAAGAAUAUCUACUGAAGAAGAAGAAGCUGGAAAAGGACAACGCGCAAACGAUUGCCAACCUAGCAAAAGGCCGGAAGGACUUGGAGGAGACGAAUGUUCUCCUCUUAAAGGAUCUGCAGGAUCGGACAUCCGAACUAGAUCAGGAGAAGAGGCUACGGAUCAUGGUACAAGAGAAGAUGGAAAAUGACUUGACGGCGCGGCAGGGAGAGAUUACUAGCAUCAAGAAACAGUAUCAACUGGAGCAGCGGCCUCUGAAAUUCUAG